CCUCGUGAAUUAAACUCCCUCUCUCUCUCUCAUCAUCUCUUUUCUUCAUCGAAGAACUCUUCUUCUUCGUCCUCGUCAUUAAAAAUUACAGAAAACCCUAGUUUUUCCUCUCUAAUGUUACGAACCCUAGACAGAACCCCUUAGUUCCUCACCCUUCCAUAUUUUUUAAUUCAAAAAACCUUCAACAAUGGCCGGAGGUGGAGGAGUUACCUCAAGAGAACAGACACUUUCUUUACUCUCCGCUGUAAAAAAUCAUGGAGAUUUAGCUGUUAAAUUAUCUUCUUUAAGACAAGCCAAAGAUAUUCUAUUGUCUGUUGAGCCUUCUUCGUUGGUUGUUGAGCUGUUUCCUUAUAUUGUUGAACUUCAGGGUUCUAAUGAAGUUUGGGUUCGGAAGAUUUUAUUAGAGUUGAUGGAAGAGCUUGGGUUGAAGGUGAUGGAUCAAUCAUCUGUAUUCAUGCCCGUUUUUUUGGCGUAUUUGAAAGACGAUGUUUCAUCUGUUGUACGACAGUCUAUCGUUAGUGGUACAAACUUCUUUCGCAGCGUUUUGGAAGAGAUGGCAUUACAGUAUCAUCAAUCUGGUAAGGUGGAGAGAUGGCUUGAAGAGCUGUGGAGUUGGAUGGUGAAGUUCAAGGAUGCUAUUUGUGGAAUUGCUUUGGAGUCUGGUCCUAUUGGAACAAAGUUGCUUGCGAUAAAGUUUUUGGAAAUGUAUAUUCUACUUUUCACGUCUGAUGCCGAAGAUGAUGAAACAUCCUCUAAAGAAGUGAAGGGUCAAAAUUUUAAUAUCUCAUGGGUUGUUGGAGGUCACCCAAUACUGGUUCCAGAUUUGCUCACUUUGGAAGCAAACAGGAGUCUUGGGUAUUUGCUGGAUAUGUUGCGCUCAGCAAAAACAGUCCCUGGUUCUGUGACAAUUACCGUUGUCAAUUGUCUCGCUGCUAUUGCAAGGAGACGGCCAAUGCAUUACACUAGUAUCCUUUCAGCAUUACUUGGGUUUGAUACAAAUUUCGAGAUACCUGGGAGUCACGCUGCAAGUAUCCAGUACUCUUUUAGGACUGCCUUUCUGGGUUUCUUAAGGUGUACCCACCCCUGCAUUGUAGAGUCGCGGGAUAGAUUGGUUAGGGCUUUGCGGGCAAUGAAUGCAGGGGAUGCUGCUGAUCAAGUUAUUAGGAAAGUCGAUAAAAUAAUAAAGAAUACGGAACGUGCAUCACGGGAUGCUCGAUUUAACAAGGAGGAUCAACUAUUUGCUGGUGAAUUGAAUAAGAAAAGGUCCAUGCUUCCAGAUGGUGACAGCGCAGUCAAUAAUGAUGAUCUGCCUGCAAAAAGGACUCGCUAUCUUCCUGUGGGAAAUCCAACCUUACCAGUUCAAAACAAUCCUGGGCAUGAUGGAAUUACUUCUAAUGGAGUAUCUACUAAGGCUCCAUUAAUGCCAAAUGAGUUGACUCCUGUUGAACAAAUGAUUGCCAUGAUUGCUGCCCUGUUGGCAGAAGGAGAGAGGGGAGCUGGAUCACUUGAAAUGCUCAUCUCAAAAAUCCAGCCUGACUUGAUGGCUGACAUUGUUAUAGCUAAUAUGCGACACUUACCUAAGAACUCACCACCAUUAUCAAGUAGAUUAGGGAACAUGCCAGUGCCUUCAGCGUCAGGUCCUUCUAUUACAGCCUCCCAAGUUACAGUAUCAAAUGUUCCAAUCACAACCCAGCAAUCUCCUGUCUUCCACCCACAAGCUGUAACUCCUUUUUCUUCCACAAAAGCAGUGAGUGCACCUUCUGCUGAUUUGAGCUCCGCUUCCGCUCUCUCCACAGACCUAAAACGUGACCCAAGAAGGGAUCCUCGUCGCCUAGAUCCGCGGCGUCUACCAGCAUCUGCAGCAGCAGAGCAACCGCUGCCUGUGAAAGAGAUCACCGAUUCACGGUUUGCUUUUGAUGCUUCAAUAUCUAUGGGUAGUCCUGUCUCAGUUCAGGUGGUACCGAAGGCUGAAAAUUCUAUAGAGCCUUUGGUGUCUAAAAGUGAUACGGAGUUCUUAGAUGACCAACAUACUUUUAAAGAAGAUUUCAGUGCUGUGGACGAAAAAGCUCUCACUAUUGAUCCAUCUGCAGAGGUUAAUAAUACAACUUCAGAUGUUCCACCUUCUGACAUCAUCAUGGAUCUGGAACCUGUAUCAUCUCCGGAACAACCAGAUUUCUCUGUAGUGAAACCAGAGAUGCAGGAUUCUGAUAUGAUGGAUUUCGAUCAGAAUUCUCCGGCUAUACCAGGCACAUCUGCACCUGAAGAGACAUUUCGUGAGUUACCGCCUGUCCCAUCAUAUAUUGAGUUGACAGGAGAAGAGCAAAACCGUUUGAGUAACUUGGCAGUUGGGCGUCUUAUUGAAUCAAGCAGACAGAUACAUGGAACAGGCUGUAGUCAGACAUGCAUGGAAUUACUUGCACGCUUAGUUUUGCAGACUGCUGCUGAUCAAGAUAUUGUUUCAAUGGUGCAAAAGCAUAUAGUUUCGGAUUAUGAGCACCAGAAGGGACAUGAGCUUGCAAUGCAUGUACUCUAUCACCUGCGCAGUGUGGUGCACUCCUGCGAAGAUGAAUUCUCAUCAUUUGCUGAGAGUGUAUACGAAAAGUUUCUUCUGGCAGUUGCCAAAUCUCUGCGAGAUACUUUGCCGGCUUCAGAUAGAUCAUUCAGUAGAUUUCUUGGUGAAGUUCCUCUUUUGCCUGAUUCUGCAUUGAAGCUGCUGGAAGACCUUUGUUGUUCAGAGGGGUUUGACAACCUCGGGAAAGAUGUUCGUGAUGGUGACCGUGUCACUCAGGGCCUUGGUACUGUAUGGAGCUUGAUAUUGGGCCGUCCACUUAACAGGAAGGCUUGCUUGACUAUAGCUUUCAACUGCUCUGUUCAUCCUCAAGAAGAUGUACGUGCAAAGGCUAUCCGUCUGGUUGCAAACAAACUCUACCGGCUUAGCUAUGCAUCAGAAAAAGUUGAAGAGUUUGCAACAAAUAUGCUGUUGUCAGUUAUUGAUCAACGGAUUCCAGAUACAGCUUCCUCACAAGUUGGUGUCACUGAAUCGAACCCCGAUGAAAAUGUUGGAGUUCAGGAAACGUCUAUUAGUGGUUCUCAAAAUUCAGAUCCUGGAGUUGUGCCUGUUUCUAACGUAUCCCUGUCUCAAGCCCAGCGGUGCAUGUCAUUAUUUUUUGCUCUAUGUACAAAGAAACCUAGUCUUCUACAACUUGUAUUUGAUGUUUAUGGACGGGCUCCGAAGACUGUUAAGCAGGCUGUCCAUCGGCAUAUCCCGAAUCUUGUGAGGAAUCUUGGAUCAUCAUGUCCCGAAUUCCUGCGAAUAAUUUCUGAUCCUCCCCAAGGAAGUGAAAAUCUUUUGAUGCUGGUGUUACAAGUACUGACUGAAGAGACUAUUCCUUCUGCUGAUUUGAUGGCCACAGUUAAACAUCUGUAUCAAACAAAGCUAAAGGAUGCUGCAAUUCUUAUACCGAUGCUGUCUUCACUUCCCAAAGACGAGGUGUUGCCUAUCUUCCCCCAGCUUGUUGGUCUUCCCUUAGAAAAGUUCCAGGCAGCACUGGCUCGUAUCCUUCAGGGGUCAGCUCAUACUGGUCCAGCUUUGACACCAGCAGAAGUGUUGGUUGCCAUCCAUGGGAUUCGCCCGGAAAGAGAUGGAGUUGCACUUAAGAAGAUAACAGAUGCUUGCACAGCUUGUUUUGAGCAACGCACGGUCUUUACACAGCAGGUUUUAGCCAAGGCAUUGAAUCAGCUGGUUGACCAGACACCUCUACCUUUGCUAUUUAUGAGAACAGUUAUUCAAGCAAUUGAUGCCUUUCCAACUCUGGUUGAUUUUGUGAUGGAGAUACUCACCAAACUUGUCAAUAAACAGAUUUGGAAGAUGCCAAAGUUGUGGGUAGGAUUCUUAAAAUGUGCAUCUCAAACCCAACCGCAUUCUUUUGACGUGUUGUUGCAGUUGCCUCCACCGCAGCUUGAGAGUACGCUAAAUAGGCAUGCAAACCUCAGAGCUGGUCUUGCUUCUCAUGCCAACCAACCUAGUAUAAGAUCCACACUGCCAAGAUCAACUUUGGCCGUCUUGGGUCUCGCCAAUGAGCCAUCACUACCACCACAUGCACAAAGAUCGUAUCACCCAUCUGCGCUACACUCAGAAACGGGUUCUUCAGUUCAGGGGGCUACACUAACUUAACGCAUACAUAGUCAUCGGAAGAUCAUAAAUUGUCGGCAGAAAAUACGUGCAGAACACAUACUUGAAAUGCCAAGCAAAAUGGUUGGUGACCAUCCACCUCAGUUGCUCGACUUAACAGACUGCCAAUGUAACAGCCAACUACUGCUCGGGGAAACUUACUGGCAGAAGAGUUGCUGCGUAAUGCAUUUGGUCCAAGACAAGCCACGGCAGCAAAUAAUCUCGUGAAGAAAGCGGGCAGGUGACCAUCUUGAAGUAGUAGCUGCAAUUCAAAAAUGUACCAUAGUAACCGUUAGCCUGUAGCUUCUAAUUUUUUGUUGCAUGUUCUUGCCCUCAUCUUUACGGGCUGUGUUAUCUUUACGGGCUGUGUUAUUAUAAGAGCAUGUAUAUGGAAUCAGGCUUGUAACAUCUUGUACAAUGCUUUUGUCUGUGGUGGAAUUCUUUACCUCCCUAAUUGAUCCCGGGAGGGGAUUAGUGGUUCUGCAGGGUAGGUUCGAAGGUUAAAUUUUUGUAAUGCUUUUUGACCCCAAUCCCCAAAAUAAUAAUACCAGUAACCUUAUUUGAGGCACAAA